AUGUUAAUACCACCCGGCGCGGGCAUUUUCUGCUACUGCUGCUGCGGGCUCCUCCGUCCGAGACAGAUGUUGCGAAACCAAGGCCUCCUCAAGUGCCGCUGCCGCAUGCUCUUCAAUGACCUGAAGGUCUUCCUGCUGCGGAGACCCCCCGCGCCGCCGCCGCCCUCCCCGCCGCCGCCGCUCCCCAUGCCCGGCGGCGCAGAGGCGGCGGCGGGGGCCGCACCGCCCGGGGGGCGCGGGCCCGGCUGGCGGGCGGCGGGCGGCGGCGGCGGCGCGGGCAGCCCGACCGCCGAGGAGUGGGGCAGCCCCGCCGGGGAGCCGCCCGCCUCCCUGCCCAGCAGCACCUCCUCGGAUGACUUCGGCAAGGGCAAGGCCGAGGACCGCUACUCGCUGGGCAGCAGCGUCGACAGCGGCAUCCGCACCCCGCUCUGCAGGAUCUGCUUCCAGGGGCCCGAGCAGGGGGAGUUGCUGAGCCCGUGUCGAUGUGAUGGAUCUGUGAAGUGCACGCACCAGCCAUGUCUGAUCAAAUGGAUUAGUGAGAGAGGCUGCUGGAGCUGUGAGCUGUGUUACUACAAGUAUCACGUCAUUGCCAUAAGCACAAAGAACCCUCUGCAGUGGCAGGCCAUCUCUCUGACAGUCAUUGAGAAGGUUCAGAUAGCAGCAGCCAUCCUGGGUUCCCUCUUCCUCAUCGCCAGUAUCUCGUGGCUCAUCUGGUCAACCUUCAGUCCUUCAGCCAAGUGGCAGCGCCAGGACCUGCUCUUCCAGAUCUGCUAUGGAAUGUACGGCUUCAUGGACAUUGUCUGUAUAGGUCUAAUAAUACACGAAGGGCCCUCGGUGUACCGGAUUUUUAAACGGUGGCAGGCGGUCAAUCAGCAGUGGAAAGUGCUGAACUAUGACAAAACAAAGGACAUGGAGGAGCAAAAAACAGGGACCAGGACAAACCAGCGCCCCUCCUCCCAAACCAACCACUCGUCCUCCACUGGUGGUACAGCCACUAACUCCGCUCCAGCCGACAGCGGGGCACGGGCUGCCGGCCAUGCCACAGGCACCCUCUCUGACCACCACUGUGCUUAUACCAUCCUGCAUAUACUCAGCCACCUGAGGCCUCACGAACAGAGGAGUCAGUCUAGUAGUAACAGAGAGCUCGUCAUGAGGGUCACGACGGUCUGAGCCGAGGAAUUCAGGAGGCCUUAACAUGAAGCGGAGGAGACAAAAGAACUCAUAAAGCAGAGGAGCAUGGUGUGCCUUUUUCUUUCUCUUUCCUUUUCUUUUUUCUUCUUUUUUUUCUUCUCUCCUUUUCUUUUUUCAGUAACUGCACAAGAUAUAAGAGGCGGCACCUGGCCAGCUAAGGAAAAAAGCAGGUGGAGGGAGAGCUGCACACUCAUGCUAAAGAGGUUAAUGUUUUCCAGCCUGUUUAAAAAAAAAAAAGAGAAAAAAAAAAAAGAAAAAAAUAACAACACAAAUCACAAAAAAAAAAAAAAAAAACCAACAAAACAAGUGCAAUACAGACUACAAACUGAGUAGGCAGAGUUCUGGGGAAGCAGAGGAACAGACGGUUUAGCAUGUCUUACAAAUCCUGUUACCUGGAACAGGUAACGCUCUGUGCACAGCCCCCG